CGGGCCCCGGGGUCUGUUCUCCGGCCCUGGCGCGCCGAGUCCGAGCCGGGCCCGCCUCCCGCGCGGCGUCCACCUCUCCGGCCAGGCCCCCUCCUGCGGGAUGGCCACGGGGGCCGCCGCCGUCGCUGCUCUGCACGUGGCCGCCCGGCUCCCGACCGCCUCGCUUCGUGUGCUACUGCGAGCAGGGGGGCAGCGGGGACGGGGCCCGCGGCGGCUUCAGCCUCCAAAAGCCCAGCUCGGCCUGAGCGGGACUGAGGACAUCACCUCCCGGUUCAGAGCAGCCUGCCGGCAGCACACAGUGACUGUAAGCCUGCAAGAGGACAGAGCAUCCCUGACCCUUUCGGGGGGGCCUUCAGCACUGGCCUUUGACCUUGCCAAGGUUCCAGGGCCAGAGGCAGCCACCAGGUUGCAGAUGCUGACUCUGGGCCUGGCAGAACGUGUGUGCAGUCUGGAAAGGCAGCUUGCAGUUGUAGAAGAGACAGCUGCCAGCCCCAGGAAGAGCCCUCGAACAGCAGGCCCUCAGUUCUUCCUGCCAGAUUCUGAUCCACAGAGAGGUGGCUCUGGACCUGGGGUCAGGAGACGGUGUCCCGGGGAGUCCCUCAUCAACCCUGGCUUCAAGAGGAAGAAACCAGCUGGUGGAGUCAACUUUGAUGAGCUCUGAUGGUGUGACCUUGUUAGGAGUCUGUGAGAGGAGAGAAGCCUAAGACCCCAGCACCAGAGACUCUACCUCCGCUGGCCAGUCCUACUGGGCAGGGCCAAGGCUGCCCCUCGGGUCUCAUUCCUAUCAAAUAAAUGGCUCCCUGGGGUGGA